CAAACCUUGACAUUCUUGACAAACACAUUUUGUCUUAAUUUACAGCAGAAAAAUGUAUAUGUAGGCGCAUAAUUUCAAUUCUUCGGAGAGCGAGGGGCUCGUAAAACAGCAAAAAUAUGUGGUAACAAAUAUUUUGUCGCAAAUUUACCCUGGUCCCCUCUUGAUACCAUAAUGCAUGCCGCGUGUGGAGUGAGGCUCCUACAGGCUACGAGCCUUAUCAGGAGCCAGCACAGGUCCUUUUCAGCAUUCCAUCGUGGCAUAGCAAUCCUUUUCAAACCAAAGAAUUUGUUACUCACCAACAGCAUAACAUCAGGAGUGUUUAUGUUAAUUGGAGAUUUGGCACAGCAAGAGUUUGAAUAUAGAUGUCAUUAUAUUAAGGAACGAUAUGAUUGGGCAAGAUCAGCAAGAAUGUUAAUUGUAGGAGCAUUCAUGGGUCCGCUUCACCAUUGGUAUUACAUAUAUCUAGACAAAGUACUACCUCAGGCCGACAUUAGGACAGUUGGCAAAAAAAUUGCAGCAGAUCAAUUGUUUGCAUCACCUGCAACUAUUUUAUUGUUUUUUAUUGGAAUGGGAAUGCUAGAAAAUAAAAGCAUUCAAGAGACAAAGGAUGAGAUUGUUUACAAGUUCAAGUACACAUACGUAGGUGACUGCUUGUUUUGGCCACCAAUACAAUUCAUCAACUUUUAUUUCUUACCUACAAAAUACAGGGUAUUUUACAUAAAUGGCGCAACAAUGUUAUUUAACGUAUUUUUAUCUUAUAUCAAACAUUAUGAUCAACAUUGACGCAUUUAUUUAUGGUAGCACUAUCAAGUUCUAUGAUGUGAAGAAUCUAAUGUAUAUAUUAUGUAAGUGGUCAUUAAUUUAUGUAAAGAGUAGUAAAAUUUAUUAGAUGCUU